AUGACGCGCGCCCAGCAGACCAUCUCCAUCGCCCUCCUUGUGAGCUCGGCCUACCUAGCCCUCUACCUCAACCUGAUCCCCCUCCCCGCCGUCGUCCAGUCCGAGAUCGUGCCCAUCCUGCCCUUCUGGGCCCUCGUCUCCCUCGGCGCCUACCUGCUCGUCCGCCUCGGCUGGGGUGUCCUGACCUUCAACGACGUCCCCGAGGCGCACGACGAGCUGAUGAGCGAAAUAGAGGUCGCCAAGGUGGAGCUGCGGAAGCUGGGCGUCACCGUGGAUUAA